AUGUCUAUAUUUAGAGAAAUCGAGGAGAACUUUCACAAUGGCAAGCACUUCAGUCAUUUCCACGUUCCUAUUUGUAGUUUUGGUAAGUAUACAUUUCUUCAGACCACUGCAAGACCUGAUAUUCCAACAGCAUCUACCGUUAGUACAACUACAACAUCAGUUACAUCACCUACAACAUCUUCUGAUAAUUCAUCUACAUUAGCUGCUUCUGCAACCACGACUAAAGAAACGACCACUGCAAGACCUGAUACUCCAACAGCAUCUACCGUUAGUACAACUACAACAUCAGUUACAUCACCUACAACAUCUUCUGAUAAUUCAUCUACAUUAGCUACUUCUGCAACCACGACUAAAGAAACGGUUGCGGUUGAAAAUAGUGCCGGGAUAGGAGUUCCCUCAUUAAAUACUACGCGUGUACAAUCAGGUGCCCCUCUUAUGCUGGUGGAAGAAACUGAUAGCAAUUUGCUGAUACGGCCAAGUCCUGUGGAAGUGCCAGAUAAAGAGAGACAGAUAUCUGUUCAACUGCCUUUACAUGAUCUGUUGUGCAAUCUUUUCAAUGGACAGCCUAUACGAUGGGGUGUGAUUGUUGUUCAAGAUGGCAAUCAAAACGAUGUCCCAUUUACUGGAACUUUACAAGGCUUUAAAAGUAGGCGACUAUCAGUCUAUAAAAGAUGUUCACAGGUUAAAGAUGAUGAUUCAAUUCCUGCUUACGUUGCAACUCCACUAGACUGGAGUCCUAGAUGCUCACCAAUAGUUAUAGGCAAUCGGCAAAAUAGAUCAACAGAUCUAGCUCAUGUGAUGCCUUACAAAGAUUUUGUCGUCGGAAGCCAAGGAGAGUGCUCAGGUGUGCCAGAUGAUCAGUAUUGUAAUGGAGAAUUACAACCAGGCAGAAGUUACAGAGUGAAGGCGUUCGUGUGCAAUUCUAAAGGAUGCACGGAAACAAGAUAUUCUAACCCGAUAUCGACCGACCCAGAUUUGACUAUACCAAUAGUAGCUGAGGCAUCAUCGGCGAUCGUUGUGUUGGUGGUUGUAGUUGUUAUUGUUUGCAUUUUAAAGAGGAAGCAAAUGGUGUGUUUUGCAAAAGAUUCCGAAAGAAGUCCGCAUACACACAGACCCGAUGAUGAUAUACAUCUGGAUAAAAUAGAGCCCACCAAAAAGAAUCCCUUCAGACCUGGGCCAAUAAAGCUCUCCGAUUUCCAAGACACUGUUGACAAAUUGCACAGAGAUUCGGAUUUACUAUUUGCAGAUGCAUACAAGCUUUUGAAAGAAAAAAGUCCUAAUCACAGAAGGGCAGCAGCAGAACAACAAUGUUGUAGACCGAAGAACAGAUACACAAAUAUUCUUGCUUUUGAUCACUCGAGAGUAAAGCUGCGGCCAACAGUUGACAUGGAAGGAUCUGAUUAUAUUAACGCAAACUAUAUUCCGGGAUAUACAUCUCGAAGAGAAUAUAUUGCGACCCAAGGUCCUAUGCAAGCAACAUUUGAUGACUUCUGGCGAAUGAUUUGGGAGCAGAAUGUAGAUACCAUUGUGAUGUUGACAAAGCUUAUGGAGGAAGGACGGCAAAAGUGUGAUAAAUACUGGCCGAACUUGGGUGAACAUGUGUGCUAUGGGGAUUUGGUGGUGUCUCUUCAGUCAGAAUCUAAUCUGUCAGAUUAUACUAUAAAGAUACUUGAAGUAAAAAAGAAAGAGGAACGGAAAAUGGUCAGGCAUUUUAGUUACCUAAAAUGGCCGGAUAUGGGUUGUCCCGAAACUCCAAAAUUAUUGCUUGAGUUUGUAAAAGCUGUUCGACAGUACAUAAAUCGAGAAAAGAGAACAACAUCAGGGCCAACGGUAGUGCACUGCAGUUCCGGUGUAGGCCGUACAGGGACAUUUAUAGCUGUUGAUUACUUGUUACAACAUAUCAGAGAUCACGACGACGUUGACAUAUUCAGUCUUGUCCUAGAAAUGAGAAACCAUAGACUCAAUAUGGUACAAACAGAGGAUCAGUAUGUUUACAUCCAUGAUUGCCUGAAAUCGUUCAUUACAACUAUUACGGAAGAAGACGAGAAUGGAGAUAAACAUGUAUACGUGAAUGCUUGAAUACUUCUUUCGGAGCGCAAGAAGAAGAUAUCUAUGAAAAUACAGGAUAUGAGGAGGAUUGAGGAACAUGAAAACAUUAUUUAGCUAGAAUUUAUGCAUUUUCGCUACAUUAUUAUAUGUGAAAUAUGUAUUUGACAGACAUCACAUUCUGUAUUGCCUUAUAUGACACUACAAUUAUUGUGCGCUAGAUAGCUUGUAGGGACCUUAUAGAGUAACCUAUAUACAGUUCACAAAUAUUCUUCUGUAAAGUCUUCCUGAUCAGUUACAUAAAUACGACCAUUUUCUCAUCAAUCAAAGAAGUACAUCAUAUUAUCUUAACAUGCAACGAAACCUUUUUCACCGAUAUAUUGCCUUUUGCAAUCUAUUUCCGUUCAAAUACCGACUACAUUUUCAUGAUAUACAUAACUCAUACUAUCAGGAAGUAAAAUUAACAGAUUGCAUAUUUCACUGAAAAUAAGUCCAUUUUCUUUCAGAUGUUACUUAUAAAUUCACAGAUUGCAUAUUCCACUGAAAAUAAGUCCAUUUUCUUUCAAAUGUUACAUAUCAUACCAAACAUAUAAUCGGUAAGAAAUUAUAUAUUGCACUACCAAUAAAGUUUCCUGCCAUUAAUAUUAGUAAUACCUAAAUCUUUUUGUUGCGUAGUUUUUUUUAAAUUUUCUAUCGUAUACAUUGAUGCUAACGUACAUUCACAACAACAUUCCUAGACUUGCAUUUUUAUGUGGUCUUUGCCUUUGUAACAUUAAUUUGUUUAAAUUUCAAUUCUGAAAAUGAUGACGUUGAUUAUUUUUUCUUUCCUUUUUUCUUCUACUUAUUUAACAUCCCCAGAGAAUUUCACUUAUUUUAUGUGAUAUCAAGCUGUGAAACCUUUCGUUUUAAGAUAUGACCUUCUGAUUUGAG